CACACAGACACACCUUCAAGAAUUAUUUGUAAAAGAGGAGUGAUUCAGAGGCAGAAAGAGCAUCACAUGUUCAGACAGAGCCACACAGCCGGCAGUGUUUUGCUUGAACAGCAGGAGGAGAAACAGGAAGUGCAGAGAAACACAGAGCAGCUCAGUAACAUACGGUACUGCUCAGACCAGUCUUUCUCUUUAAGGUAAUUCUACAUUGCACAUAUAAGUUGAACACUCAUCUUUUAGUGUGUACUUGUGCUGUUUGGAAGCGGUUUACCCAGCUGAGCUUGGUGAAGUGCUUACUAUGGAGGGAAGUAAGACUCAAGAUGGAAUUCGCCAACAAGAGACAGAAAAAAUGCAAAGCAGUGGAAGAGGGCACACAGAUACUGAGGAAAGAGAGUUGAGACUGGUGCUGCUGGGUUCAGUGGGUGCUGCGAAAAGCACUGCAGUCAAUGCCAUCCUGGGCAGCCCGACAUCCGAGUGUGAGACGCCCGAUGCUGACUGUCAGAAGAGACGUGCAACGCUGGCAGGGCGACAGGUAGCAGUGGUGGACACACCUGAGCGUCUGUGCGUAGAGCGUCCUGCUGAGGACGUCCGCCGCCAAUUUUCGCUCUGUGCUGCUUUAUCGGCCCCGGGGCCUCACGCUUUCCUGCUCUGUGUUCCUGUUCACCGGCACAGCAACCUGGAGCUUCAGAUUCUGGAGACCAUCGAAAAAGUAUUCGGCCCUGAAGCUGUGAGCAAACACACAAUGGUGCUCUUCACCCACAUGGACCAGCUGCCAGAGGAUGUUCUUCUUAGCGAGUUUCUCAGUACAGAACGAGUCGAUUUAUUGGAGCUCGUGCAAAAAUGCGGAGAGCGAGAGCAUCCUUUGAGGCCAGAGGAGAAAGACAACGUUGAGGAGCUGCUGACGAAGGUGGAACGGAUGGUAAAAGAAAGCGGGACACCGUUUUACACAUGCCCUCUUUUGCAGGAGGCAGAGAGAAGAGUGAAGGAGAAGGAGGAGGAGAUUUCGAGGAGUCGAGGAGAGAGUGAUUCUGAGGGAACAAGAGCUGAAGCGGAGAGAAGUGUGGAUGAUCUCCUGGUGGAGGGAAUCACAGAGCUCUGCGUCGCCAAGCCUGAGGACUUGCCAUUUAUGCGCUGGUUGUGGGACAGUGUGGUCGGGUGGCUUCUGUGGCUGCCGAAAAUGGUGAGGGGCAGUACUCUGCUGGGCUCCAUUGUGGGGCUGUUCGUCGGGGGGUCUUUAGGAGGGGCCAUGGGAGCAACGGUGGGCUCUGUGGCCACAGAGGUGGAGAGAAGGAAAAAGAAAUGAGCAACUAAACAGUUUGGUAACAGCUUAUUGUAUUUUUCAUUACAUUAUAAAAUGUUCGCCCCAAUAAACAGAUCAGUUAUUCUUAUGCAUUCAAUUAGCUAGGGUAACACUUUACAGUAAGGUUGCAUUAGGUGAUAUAUUUAUUAACAUGAACAAUACAUUUAUUACAGUAUUUAUUCAUUUUUGUUAACAUUAAUGAAAACACAGUUGUUUAUUGUUAGUUGUUGUUAACUCAGUACAUUAACUAAUGUUAACUGUUAACAAUAACAACUUCAAUAUGAUUUUAGGAAUCAUUUUUGAAUGCUGAAAUUAACAUUAACAAUGCUUGAUAAAUGCUGUGCAAGUAUUUUUUAUUCUUAGUUCAUGUUAGUAAAUACUUUAAGAUGAAUUAAUGAACCUCAUUGUAAAGUGUGGUCUAAUUAAGUUUUGCAUGCUGAUAAUUAAAUAAAAUAUUUUUUCACCACAAAUUAUGUUACUAUUUUAGAGAAAUGCUGAACUGCAACAUUGAAAUUAAACAGAAAUUAAAAUUUAAAUUGAAUUAAAAAAAAAUCCAAAACAUCAUUUAUUAUUUCAGAUUACAAUAAUGUUUAGAAUUGCAUAUUUUUAGUCUUAUUUUGAUGUCAAUAUCAAACAAAAUGUAUUAAAGUGACUUAGAAAGUGGCUACUUUAACCCUUUUUAAAAUUUAAGAUAUUUUUAAGUAAAUUUUGAACUUAUCCUGACUUUUAUCUACUAAAUUAUUUUAAUAAAAAAGGGAAAAUGUAUGUAUUCAUGGUGUCUAACGAGCAAAAGCUUGUGGUUUGAAGGACAUUGUCAAUUAAUUAGUAUUUUCUGUAAUAAUUUUUUUUUAAUUCAAGUUUUUUAUUGUUUUCUUCAUAAAAUGAUUUUUUAAAUAAGUAUAUUAACAGUAAGUAUAAAAACAUACAUGUACAUAUAUAAACUGUUACAAUGAUUUUUUAGUCCAUAUCUUCAGGAAACAAUGGCAAAAAUGCAGAACAUACUUAAUUUUUAAACUCAGAAAUCUAAAUAAAUAUCAGCAAUGCACAAAACAAACCCUUAAACUAUUACUUUAGAUUUGAUACCUGAAAAAAACACUUUGGCUUCAAUAAACGCAUAUGCAAUAAAUUAAAUCAUAAUACAAGUCGUAAUAAACAAUAUAAAUCAUAAUAUAUAAAGAAAUCAUAUUUUGAAUUGAAAUCUUA